ACGCACUCCAAUGCUCCCACCCACACCCAACCUAUGACAGAAGUGACAGUCCCCGCUCGUUUGCCAGUCCAGCUUUGGCCCGUGGUUCUUUCUCUCGGUUUAAACACAUUUAUAGGCCUCAGAGUUCAGGAUAUACGAGUCAAUACUGUAGAUUCAGCUGCAGAGACUUUUGGUUUUUACGUUGACUUAGAGGAAAUUUUGAAAUAUUGUGCAAUGGUGCCACAAAAGUUUUGAAAUAUUGUGAGAGCUUUUUUUUUCCUGCGUUUUGAGAGUCGGGUCGUUGGACAAUAGGUCUCCAUGUUGCAUCCGUACAGAAUGGAGAGCUACCUCAUCCCCCCUCCCUCUGAAGAAAUGUACGACCCAGAGAUCUACAGACAUCAAAUGGCAGAAUAUUACAACCCGUAUGUGCUGGAGACGGACAUCCAGGCAGAUCACUGGGAGUACCACACUCACCCUCCGGUUCAUUCAGUGGAGUUUGAAACCCUCCCAGAGACCAAUUUCACAGAGUUACAGAGUGUCCAGUCCCUUCACCCCACCCUCAUCAGACACGACGCCCUCCGCUACGACCCCGAAAACCUCCUGGACCCCAAUCUGGGAGCGCACCCUCAUGUCCUGCAGCAGCCUGUGGCGUACUAUUCCCGGGCGGUGUACCCUCAGGUCUCACAGCGCAGCUCCGACGAUGAAGACAACAGAACUCUGGAAGUGUCCGACGAAGAGUGCAGAGACCGGCUGCCGUACAUCCCAGGAGAGCUCGGCAACAAGAAGAAAAUCCGCCUGUACCAGUUUCUUUUGGACCUCUUGCGAAACGGAGACAUGAAGGACAGUAUUUGGUGGGUGGACCGGGACAAAGGCACGUUUCAGUUCUCGUCCAAACACAAAGAGGCCCUCGCCCACCGCUGGGGCAUCCAGAAGGGCAACCGCAAAAAAAUGACAUAUCAGAAAAUGGCCAGAGCGUUGCGUAACUACGGGAAAACUGGAGAGGUGAAGAAGAUCAAGAAGAAGCUGACGUAUCAGUUUAGCGACGAGGUGUUGGGAAAGAGUCAUCUGGACAGGAAGCAUUAGACACAAACGCACCAAAGAAAGAGUUACACAUGUCUUUUACUCACAUUUAGAGCGCUCGUUUUGGUUUGGAUCAGUUUAGAUUUAUUUAUUAGACCAAAAAAUGUGUAUGUUUUUAGAAAUACUAGAUGAAACGGGAAGAACGGGCGCUUUUAACGUACUUUUGCGCAAUAAAAACUACCUAAAACUGAAUAAAUACAAGACAGACAAGGAAAUCCCACGCUGUGCUAUGACUUAAGUACAUGGCAAACCCCAGUAAAGUUCCAUAUUGCAUCUUUAAAAUCUAAUUAAAGUCAUUUUAUGCAGUCAAAUUCAGCAGAGCGGCAUUAUAUCUCCAUGUACAUAGCAUUACACUGUACAGAAACGACACAAAGCGGCGUGUUUAAAGUUUAAGAGGAAACGUGUGACAGAUUCUUUCAAAGUGAUAUUUAAGUAGAAAGUUGGAGAUGUGUAAAAUACGAAAAUGUACAUAAAUUAUUAUAGUAUGUGUCUUGUAGUUGUGUGUGUUUGUGUAAAGUCGAUUUUUCCCGUGACGUAACCACUUUAAGCCCAAAGUUGCUCAAGUCGUUUGUGUGUGUGGUGAACAAAAGCUGUACGAAAUAACUGUUAUAAAUGAAAUAAAAUGAAGCUGAAAACAUUGCAAAAACAUAAAAUAAUCUUGUAC